AAGGUUGACUUUAUACUUCAAGUCGAGAUAGAAAAUGACGAACAGUCUUUAAGCGCCCAAAACAUUCACAUAUACAAAUACUUUAAAAACAGUACGACGUUAGAAGACUGUAUAAUUACAUUUUACGAAAAUUUUCAAAAGAAGUUUAACAUUGAAGUACAAACUUUACAGCCUUUACGUGAGUUUCUUGCACAACUGAAAGAAGAAGGAAUUGUAGAAAGAUUAAUAGCUUUUCAUUACGAGUUUGUACCAAAAGAAGAUGGAACUCAUGACUGUCAGUUUGUUGUAUUCUCACCAUUCAAUGAAGUCGCUAAAGAGAAAGAAAAUCCAUUACGUAUAAGAUUUCAAAUCUCUGAACCAAGUGAUGAUUUCAAGAAUGUUUUCAAUUAUGAUGCAAUGCUUCCGAGGAAAAAUGAAUUUUCCGAAAUUAGAUUUCCAGGUAUUUGGGAUAGAAAGCAAGCUAUAUUAUAUUCAAACUUAAGUAAGGGAGUUGAAAAUGAGUUCAUUGGUCAUACAAGAACUUCACCACUUCCUAACCCUAAAUACUAUAAAUUAACUGGCUUCAAUCGUGAGUUUUGGAUAGACAUGUUCUCCACUCAUGACCAUAAAGCACCAGUGUUCUUACCUCCAGACCAUAAGGACUGUCUCUACAUUGAAGCACAACUCUUA